GACGCUGGGACAGGCAGCAGAGGGUUAAACCAGGGAGAAGCUGGGACAGGCAGCAGAGGGUUAAACCAGGAAGUCGAUUCAGCACAAAUCACCACCUGGAUGUAUGUGUGUUCUGAGCAGGAGCAGACUCACUGCAAACUCUCACCAACUUCCAAAGGAUGUGAGGUGCCUUUAAGGGGCUCCUCCAGUCUCUGGGUGUAGGUGGGAGUGUUCUCUGCUCUGGCAGUGGACAGCCAAUCUUCCUGGGCGCAGAAAGAAAGAGCUGGAGGCAACGAGCGAAGGAUGAUGGGAUUUCUGUUGGGAAGUGGUCGCUGGUCUGUCUCUGCCUUAAUCAAUGGACUGUCAGUGAAAUUCCAGCCCAGUAUCGCCCAGCAAGAGAGAAUCGAUGAACUUCACGUUUUGCAGCACAAGAGGAUCAUGGAAGUACCACUGUUCAUAGCAGCAAGAGCGAAUGAUGUCAGUACCAUCCAGAAACUCCUGAAGUGUCACUCCGUUGACCCUUUUGAAAAAGGAGUGAUGGGCGAGACAGCAUUGCACAUCGCAGCAUUGUAUGGCAGUUAUGAGGUCGCAACCAUUCUCCUUGAAGAAGUGCCAGAUCUUAUCAAUGUGCCCGCCACCUCGGAGCUGUACGAAGGGAAAACAGCCCUGCACAUUGCUGUUGCAAAUGAAAAUAUUCAUCUGGUGAAAGAGCUGAUAAACCGAGGAGCUGAUGUGGCAUCAUCACGUGCGACUGGAAUCUUCUUUAGAAGGAGUGAAAAGAACUUCAUUUACUACGGUGAGCAUGUGCUGUCUUUCGCUGCGUGCGUUGGGAAUAAAGAGAUUGUUCAGUUCCUGAUUGAGAAUGGUGCAGACAUAAAGGCACAGGAUUACCUCGGUAACACUGUUCUGCAUCAUCUGGCACUGCAUGCCCGGCGUUACACAGCCCAGAUGUAUGAUUUCAUCCUGUCCCUUGAUCCAGAGAGGGGGAAUCCAGUGGAGACAAUCACCAACAACAAUGGGCUGACUCCCUUCAAGCUUGCGGCCUUGGAAGGAAAUGUCCAGCUGUUCCAACACCUAAUGAGAAAGAGGAAACGCCAGAUUGAAUGGUUUUUCAAACCUAUCUCUGCCACCUUCUACGAUCUCUCUGGUAUUGAUUCCUGGGAUGAUGACCACUCUGUCCUUGACCUGGUUAUUUGCAGUAAUGAAGUUGAGGCCCUGAAGAUCCUCAACCUCCCACCGAUCAAAGCCCUGAUCCAUUUCAAGUGGAACAGAUAUGGAAAGUAUUAUUUCCGAACCAUUGCUCUCUUCUACUUCAUCUACAUUAUCAUAUUCACCUCCUGUUGCAUCUUUCGACCUCUUAUACCACGUCGUGACAAUGUCACAGACCCUAGGGACACACAGAUAUUGGAAGAGGCGCCAUUAAAUCUGUGCUACACAUCAAAUGGAGAUUACAUCCGCUUGGUGGGGGAGACCAUUUCUGUCUUUGGAGCCAUAGCCAUCCUUCUCAUAGAAAGUGCCGACAUCUUCCGAUAUGGAACAGCAGGAUAUUUCGGGAAAACCGUCCUCGGAGGACCAUUCCAUGUUAUAAUAAUCUGCUUUGCGUUCCUGGUGCUACUGAUCCUCCUCCUCCGAGUGACCAGUGCGGGCGCCGAGGGAUUCUUCAUGGCUCUGGCCAUCGCCAUGGCCUGGUGCAAUUCCAUAUACUUCUUCCGGGGAUUCCGGAUACUUGGGCCAUUUGCCAUCCUCCUCCAGAAGAUUAUUUUGGAGAAAUUUUUGACAUUUGUGAUACUGAUGGUGAUGGUGCUCAUCGGAUUUACAACAGCCCUACAUUUGUCAUUCCAAGAGCUGGACCCUUCCCAGUGGAUUCGUUUUAAUGACUAUAAGAACCUGCUUUUUCUGAUGUUCAUGCUGUUUUUCGGACUCCUCGACAUCCCACUGAACUAUGAAAAGUACACCCCCUUCAUGGUCAAGAUUCUAUACGUGGCGUACAUUAUGAUGACGUUUCAGCUGAUGGCCAUUCUCUUCAUCUUCUUGAUUGCCCAGACACUACGGCGGGUAAUGAAGAAUUCUGAUGCACUCUGGCAAGCUCAGAUUACAGCGUCGAUAAUUCAUCUCGAGCGGUGGCUUCCGAGAUACUUCUGGUCUCCUGCUGGUGUCUGUGGGCUGCAGCUUGGACUUGACAACAACUGGUAUAUCUGGGUGGAAGACACAAUCGAUAGCGAUGCACAAAGCUGCAGCAGCCCCAAGCAUGCAAAUGUGGAAGAACAUCAGGAAACCAGGAACAAGACUGAGAAAAAGACCAUUGGGAAUGGGACUGAUCCCAACUCCGGUGUGGAGCUGCGCAUUCUCCGACGCAGAUCCAGGGCACAUUGUUCAGACACAGCUUCCAAAGAGGUUAAAGGCGCUGAGUGUCAUCUGUAAUCUCCGAGAGAUGCUUCGUGCCACUUCCAUUUGGGCUUUUACUCAGUGGAGCAUCUGUCCAUUCUGCUACCCAUAUGCAGGAGGGACAAUGGGACCUAUCAUUCAUAAACGACAGAUGGCAGAGAUAUCACUUUGCUCAGGCAGAUGAUGUUUUGGUGAGCUGUUGAUAGUGAGGGUUUUCCAAUGUUUGUGCAGUGGUGCUGAACUUCACAAUAUUUAAUAAGUAUCCUCCCCCUUCUCUGAUAUCUGGGGAAUCUUCCUAUUGAUUGAGAGAUUCAAAUGCUUUAUAAUAGACACCUUAGAAAUAAGUUAUAGGUUGGGUUCUAAUGGAGGAUUAUCCAUGAGCUGGAAUCUAAUCUUGGCUUUCAGGUGGUUUAUGGACAGGAAAAUGUAUAUCUGCGAAUGAUUGAGAAUUGUUCACUGUAUGGAGGGUAUACAGAUUUCAUCAGAACAGUGAUAUUACCGACUAUGUUGGUGUAAAAGAUAUUCAUUUGGUCAGCGCCAAGAUUGAAACUUUGACUGCUGAUGUGACAUUUAAAUAUAUAUAUUUAUGUAAAUCCAAUA